AUGGACAGCAGCAAAGUCCCCCAGCUGUGGAAACACUCCGCAGUCUUCCCAAUCCCCAAGAAAAGCACCACCAAAUCUCCAGUGGCUUUCACUUCCCUUGUGAUGAAGACCAGUAGAGGCGUCAGCGAUGCUAAAAAUUACAUCAUGAACACUAUGCACAAACAUAUGGAGCACCCCAACACCUCAGUUAGACUCCUCUUCGCAGACUUCCCCUCUGCACUCAACACCCUGCAGCCUCAUAUCCUGGCUGACAAAGUCUCCUCCUGCCUCCAUCUAGACGAUCAACUCAUCCUGUGGACACUAGACUUUCUCAUCAAUAGUUCACAGAGAGUCCUGGGCAACAACAUCUUGUCCCAUCUCCAUUUCACCUCCUCUGGCUCCCCUCAGGGCUGUGUGCUCUCACCACUGCUCUUCAUCCUUUACACCGAUGACUUCAGAUCCACACAGACCAACUGUCACCUGGCCCUCACAGCACCACGGGCCAGUUCUGCAGGAGUUUUUGGAGUGGUGUGUGACAGCUCUUGCUUGGAACUGAACUUCAGCAAAACCAAAGAGAUCGUUGUGACCUUUUCAAACAGGCAGAGGGAACUGGCAGGGGCCACCACCACAAUCCAAGGGGGCCGUGAAUGUCGAGACAGCAGGGAAAAUCCGGCGGAGAUACUGAAAUGCAGAUUCAAAGAGGAGAGACAGAGGCGGAAGACAAUGUCUAAAGGUCGGAGACUUGUGCUGGAGGAGGCCUCUCCAGGAGCAGAUUUAUUCCUCAUUGAAAAGUCAUCCCAAGACUUCCUGGAAGUGAGGAAAGCAGAGUAUGUCAGCCAUAAAAAACGUAUCCAGAGAGAAAGGAAGCUUCUCUUUACACCAAGUUCUCGACCAGUGCCAGCCUUCAUUAAACUGCCUGAAAACACGAGGCCCCGUUAUCUCGAGGAUGAGGGUCUGUAUGUGGGAAAAAGGCCCCCUAUGUCCCAGACUAAUGAGAACAUUCUGGAGAACCGCAUUUUAAAAAUGGAAGAGGGAAAGAAGUGGAUUGGAGACGACAGGAGGAUCAUGGCUCUGCCGGACCCCGUUAAGGAAUCAUCCACAAGACCCCCUCUCUUCCACAUGGAGGAGGACCUGGACCCUGCUCUGCAAACUGUAUACAGGAAGGCAACGAGGUCCAAAUAUGAAAACAAGUGCAAUGAUGGUACAUUGGAUCCUGAGGGAGACUACCAACUUGAUGUUGAUGUUUCUGGGCUGAUCUUCUCCCAUCACCCACUCUUCAGUCGCGAACAUGUCCUGGGAGCCCGGCUAGCUCAGCUGUACGACCAGUACCUCACCAGGCAGCACAAUAACCUGACAGGACACUUGACUGACAAGUUGAAUGGGUUGAGGAGUGCACUGCGGAAUAUGCUUGAGAUCCAUGACAGCCAGAGCCUCACUCAGGCCAUGCAGCAGAGGAUAUCUGAUUACAGUCUGGAGAUUCGAAAUACUCGGCAGCUACGAGACAGCGAGCAGGAGAAAGACCGGACUCUGCUGAAGAACAUAAUUAAAGUGUGGAAGGAGAUCAAGGCCCUGAGAGAGUUCCAGACGUUCACCAACACACCCUACAAGCUCUUCCUCAGAAAAGAGAAUGUAGACCAGGCGUCAGAUGAGCAGGUGUAUGAGGAUGAAAUCUCGGCAGAAGUUGUGGAAUUGGAGGCUGAGAGUGAGGAGGACUACCAACGAAAGCUGGCAGAGUACAAGAAACAGCUGGCAGAGUGGAAGCUCUCAAGAAGAAAACAGAAAGCCAAAAAGAAGAAGAGAAAAAAGAAGAAGAAGGGCCAGUUACAGGAUGACACAGAAGAAGAUGAAGACCAGGAGUUGAGUGAAUCAGAAGGGCCUGAGGAAGAAGACUGUCCAAAGCCUGAGCCUCCCGAGAGGCCAGACUUUGACUCUAUAGAGCAGCAAGUCAGAGAGAAAGCUUCCAGGAUACGCAGGAAACCAGGAGAGUCCGUCCUGAUUCCUGAGCUGCAUGCAUCUGGAAACAUCACGGCCAAUGACCUCUGCCCCAGGGCGGAAGUAGCUCGCAGACAGGAUGUUGAGAGGCACUCUAUUAUCAUCAAGAUCCUUUACAAUGGCAAACCAGCUUCCCAAACUGACAGCCGCUUCCUGGACACUGAUUUCAGAGUGCACUUUGGUCAGAUCUUUAAUCUCAAGAUAGUUAAUUCUCCUCAAAGCAUCACAUUGCAGGUCGUGGAAAAGAUUGGAUCAUCGUGUUCCCUCCUGACUCAAGUGUUCGUCCCAGUGCCAGAACCUUCUGCCUUAACGGGCCGUGUCCCUCUUGAGGAAUUUGAGUUCAGCAGCAACCAGAGAGUGAUGUUUGACCAUGAAGGAGUUGGAAGUGAUGUCCCCCUGGCAUUCAAACCUGAUGGCAGUAACAAACAGACCCUGCUGACCUCUGGUAAACUGUCCUGUUGUGUUUCCUGGGGUAUUGGGGAGGAUGAUGUACCACUCGCCCCUCCUGUGUCUCACCAACCUGGUGGCAUACACAGUGGCCUGCGCCGUCUUGAUGCUGUCACAUCUAUCGGGGGAUGUGAACUCGAUGACAUGAAAAAAACUGUGGAGUGGGCCAAACAGUUACAACUGGACCCCAACGACCCAAACAAUGCUUCUAUCAUGCAGCUGCUAAAAGUGGCCAGAAGUGAAGAGGUGCAUGCUCCUGAGUACUUCCGACUAGAGCAGCUACAGGAGGAGUUUUACUUUGUGACCGAUGAAGUGUUGGAGUUGAAACGAUCGCAACUGCUCAGGCUCAGGAACCAUGAUGUUGCAGAGUCUGAAGAUUACAAAUGUGUUCCUGAUCUCGGGAGGGAGAUUUUCUUAAAUAGAAAUAACAAAUUCAUGAAACUUUUGUACUUGAAGUAA